AGAGACGAUACUCCGAAUAUGGGUCAAAGCCGCAGGCUUGUGACCUACGGUAAAUCCACAAGAUCUCAACGAUCUAUGAAUAUUCACGAAGGAAAAGAAGAACCGGACAAGCAGGUCACUCCUAGUUCCCCCCUACUGCCUCGAUAUACCUUGGUAAACCCAUACUCUGCUGAUCCAAACACUCCCGAAUCUUUGUCUGAGAGCGACAAGAGAAAUCCGUCUGCAUCCACACAGAGGAAACGGAAGUUAUGCAUGUCUGAGGAGCCCCAAGCUGGAAAGAGGCUUUCCUGUGAAGCCGACGCUUCUUCUCGGCGAUCUUCAUCUCCCGUGUUUCAUGUGGAUACGAGAGAAACUUUUUCAGGCUCAUCCAAGACUAUGGCUGCGGUGCAGCAAAGGAAGGACCACGACAAUUAUGCUCCACCAAUCCCCGAUUUUAAGAGGGUGUCAUUUGAGACCCCAGAGUCUAAACAUAGUCUCCCUGGCUCUGGGUCAUGCAAGCAACCUAUUCAGAAAUUUGAUAUCCCACGAAGUGCACCCAAUGACUUUGCUUUCAGCCAGCGAUCAGGGCCGGAAGCUCGGGACGUUACUCCUUCAGAUUCGCCCUUAGGUACUACAAGUGCACCAGAUGAAACAUCCUCUAAUCGAAAGAGGUUGGUAGAUUCUCUAGUUGCAUAUGUCCAGCCUGUUCAAAACCCACCAUCACCUGACGCUAAUAUCGAGAGUCGAUUGACUUCCGUGGACUUGUCCGAUUUUCAUACUACUCGCAGAAAAGCGCCUCCAUGCAUACCUUCUCAGAGCUCUUGUUCAGGUUCUGAGACUGACAUUGUGGCGAGUUCACAAGAGUCGGCUUCUUUUAAAUCAUCCCAUUUGCGAGGCUCUACUGUCACUUACGCACGUCAACGAUCUUUUCUGGGUGACAUCUCUAUUAUGAGUGAUGUAGGUGACGGGGGCUCCCCAGGUCCUUCGCAGGCAGGUCGCGUUACAGGAAAUACAACGGUCGCUAUCGAUCCCUGCGCCUCUUCCUCUGUUGAAAACAGUGACAAUAAUUGCACGGGAAGUGUUAGAAGUAUCCAUGAGUUAAGAAAAGCUGGUGAGAAUGCCCGGUUUAUAGCGUCAGUGGAUUCGAUCUUUGAAGAUAUUGAAGAUGUGCAGAAUUCAGUAUCCGGUCGGUGUGGUGGCUUUAUACAGCUUUGUGAAAAGCUCUUAAACUUCCAAUUCGCCCGCUGCUUUGCUCAAUAUGGUUUUGACAAACGGCUCAUGGAAGACCUCACAGAUCAUCUCGACAAUCUUUCUGCAACCUUUGCUCUCUGUGCCUAUGAACUGAUAUGUUCAUGUGGCUCUUUGUCUUCGGUCCUUUUUGUCCCGUUCUGGUCUAAGAUCUUGAAUAUCUCUCCUAGGUUGCUUAAUGAGGAAAAUGAUGUCCUGACAUUAGCAAAAAGAAGGGACUAUGGCCUGUCCAAACAUGUUCAAGCCUCUAUUUAUGAUAUCUUGCCACGACUAUGCUCUGGCCUCUCGAAAAACCAAAUACCAAUUCAGAUAUCCCCGCGGCUUUUGGCGCUCCGAUGCCUCCAUUUGACUGUAUCAACCCUUCAGGAGCAUGGCUGCAACAUUGAUAACAUACCUUUAUCACUCUUCACUCAGCUUGUUGGCCUGCUGUUGUUGGAAGGUCGUUCUGGGGUCGAAAACCGCUCUCUUUCCACUGAACGUCUUCAAAUUCUGACCUUGGGGUUCUCUAUCCUAGAAACGUACACUCUCAUAUCUGGCUCAUUGGCAAAUGGUUAUCAAAAUGCUAUCCUUCCGCUAUCUCGUCUCUAUGGUCUUCUUUCCCUGAAGGGGUAUCACGGCGGCCGAAACUUUCAAAUUUCAACACUAUACAUGCGAGUGAUUCUCAAUGUCACCAACAGCAAUCCUUCACUCGCCGGUGAUUUUGCUACUCCUAAUCUAGUCGGAGAGUUAGUCAGGACCGUUGUGGCUGAAUUCAGCAAUGUGUCUGAAGAUCCCCUUACCCGGCAAAAUGCCUCGCUAGAUACGGUUAUAUUGGCUCUUGGGUCUCUAAUCAAUUUGACCGAAGAGAGCGAAUCGUCCAGACGUAUAUUUUUGGGAUCGGAAUCCAAUUCGGAGUCUUUAAUUCAUGUACUCUUGCUUUUAUUUACGUCGAGCAUCGGCUCUACUUCAGAGGUAAACCGAGGUCGGAAUUGCUUCAAUGGUAUCUGACGAUUUACUUUUAGGCUAAUUCUGUUCUCGAGGUCAAUCACAACGUUGCGGUCGGUUAUUUGUCGAUUCUCCUGACUAUCCUCUGUUUGGAGACCGAUGUGCGUUACAACGUCAGACGAGCUCUAAACGGCAAAGGGCUUCCAACAAUAUUAUCGACUGUUGAUGAGUUUUUGGUAUAUCACCAAAAGGUUGAUCAGGAUUCACCAUCUCUUGAGAGAAGAGGCGAAACCAUGGCAACAUUUAUGAUCCGAUUGCGGGAUAUUAUAGCUAAAGUUCGGCAUUCGGAGCGGUUACUCCAGCCACAUUAGUAGGCUGUGUCUGGCUAUGAUGCAUAUGUUCUAUUAGUAGUAUGUUGGACGUUUCGUGUUAAACCACGGCCUGCGUCGGAACCCACCAUACCCGUCACGGGAUAUUUGGGUAUGGAGACAUAAUAUCAGUACAUUCAGAUCCAGAUUUAAUGGAGCAUAUCCGUUACCACUAACGUAAUUCCCAGGUAGUUCGGACAUCCUGGGUAGGACCUAUUGAGAGUUAAAAGGCUGUAUACCAGCUGCAGCAAGGCCACUUUGAAUAUUAGUAUAUAUGAAGACUGAUUAGUGAAUUGUAAGAUAGGCUUUUAAGAAAUUAUGCUUAUCAAUAUAGUGGAAACCAAGGUCUAUCUUUGC